AUGAGUCUGUGGCAGUGGGCGAGGGUGUGGGUGUGGCUGGUUGGGCUGGGGGCCAUUGAUACAGCACCCAGUCCGGAGAGUGCCAAGACCUCGGCCCUGGGAACAGAGUUGCUGGACUUCAUAAACAGACGCAAAUUCUUUGAUUACCCAGACUCAGACGAAGCCAAGAUCCUGGCCGUGGCCCAGUUUAUCCAAGAGGAACCUGUCUUCUUUGCUAAUGCAGGGCCCUCCAAUGCCACUAUCUUCCGCCGCCUCCUGGUGGGCAUCCUGACUGCGGCCUUCUUCUUCUUCCUGUUCCAGUUCUGCACUCACGCGUAA